CUGAAGUAUUUGCCUUUUUUGGCCUUUUGCAGUUUUUGGGUGAUUUCGUUUCAAUGCGUCAUCUUUCAAAUUUAUAAUCUAUCCGUUUGUCGGUGGUUCUGUUGUAUUUCCGUGCCCUAUAGCCUUCAGUUCACGAAUAAAUAUGGAUUGGAUUCAUUGCAACUCGUGUUUUGUUCAACCUGGCAAAGAAAACGAGCAAAAAAAACAAUUUCACUUGACCAGCUGCGGCCAUAUAUUUUGCGAUAACUGCACUUGUUUUGCGGACGGGACUUCAGAUUGCUGCAGAUAUUGUAGGAAUAAAUGUUCAUCAACUGUGAUAGGAGAAAAAUCGUUUAAAACGAACCCACAAGUUUUAGAAUAUUUUCAAGAACCAGAAGAAGUCUAUGCAAAAUUACUCAAAGUGAUGAAAUUCCAAAAAGCUCAUCGUAUUAAAUUAGUUGGACAUCAUCAGUAUAUUAUAUCGAAAUACAAUAGAGCAAAACUAUAUAUUAAAAAACUGGAGAGUGAACUUAAGAUUGCUAAAAAUGCAUUGCGAAAUACACCACAAAAUUCUCAAAGCAUAACAGAUACCCGAUCUAUUUCGUCGCCAAUUUUUCCCCAAAAUUCAACGCCAUUUAAUAUGAUAAAUGCAGAAGCAAAAAUUCACAAUACUCCUGCAAAUAUGAAACCUAAAAUGCCUGAUAUGAGACAUAGGAAACAAUCAUUUCGAAAUGAGUUAUCAAUUUUAUCUACGGGAAGUAAUUUAUCUGGAGUAUCUACACCAGGGUCUUCAGUUUAUCAAAGUCCUUUCCAAGAAAUUCACAGUGAAAAGUACAUGCCUACGAUUAAUAACUUACAGUUAAAUUCAUUAAGACAUGAUUAUCUAAAAAAGAAUCAAAAAGACCUGUAAAAGAAAACAAGUUUAAUUAUAGUUCAAGUUUAUUAGAUUUAAUAUAUUUU